GGCGCGUCGGCAUCUCAUCUCAAUCACUGUACUUGACACCCAGACAAAACACAGCGCCAUGCGCGCUCGAUCCAUCUUCACCACACUCCUUUCUUUCGCGGCGGCGCUCGUGCCCGCCGCCGCGCGCUCGUCGACCGGCGACCGCGUGCUCGUCGUCCUCGGCCCCAAAGUCCAGCAGGAGCACUACAAGGGCUUCUGGUCGUCUCUUGAGCAACGCGGGUACGAGCUGACGUUCGCGGCGCCGGGGGACGAGCUGCUGCUCGAUGCGUUCGGCGUGCCACUGCACGAACACCUCAUCGUCUUCGCCCCCGACACGGACAAACUCGGCAAGCAUGUCUCUCCCCAAGCGCUCUUCGAUGCGCAGGGAACAUACCUCAACACACUGUACAUUCUCUCUCCCGAAAUCGGGGACAUGCAGCGCACCGUCUUGAAGCAGUAUGGCGUGGACGUCGCACCUGCCGGAUACCAGGUGCGCGAUGCGUUCUCGCACGUCGGGGGCCACGAGAGCUGCUGCGUCGUGCUUCCGCAGUCGUCGAACGUUGCGCCCGACACCGUGCUCUCGGAAACAGGCCCGAUCGUCUACCCGCACGGCACGGGCUUCAGCCUGUCCUCGAACCCUCUCCUCUUCGACGUGCUGCGCGCCCCGCCGACCGCGUACGUCGGGGACAAGGACGGCGCCGCGCCGUCCACCAAGCCAGGGCACCCGGUCAAGUUCGCCGGCGAGGCGAUGUCGGUCGUCGCGGCGCUGCAGACGCGCGCAAACUCGCGCAUCGGCUUCGUCGGGUCGCCAGCCAUGCUCUCGGACAAGUGGUGGGGCAAGCAGCUGGACGGGGUGGAGAGCGGCAACCGGCAAGCGGUGGAGGACUUGACGCGCUGGCUGUUCCAGGAGACAGGUGUGAUCCGCGUCGUCAAGACGCACCACCACCGCAAAGGGGAGAGUGCGCCGCGCGACGCGUACACGAAGAAGGACGAGGUGACGUACGAAAUCACGGUGCAAGAGUACCAGACGCGCGGGAACGCGUCACGCUGGGGUAACUGGGACGGGGCGUUGCAGCUCGAGUUCACAAUGCUGGACCCGCACAUCCGCACCGAGCUGACGCCCGUCGGCUUCCGGCCGGACGGGACGACGUACCGCGCCACAUUCGACGCGCCGGACCGCCACGGCGUGUUCAAGUUUGUCGUGAAUUACUUCCGGCACGGGUGGAGCUUCCUCGAGGCUGCGGACCGCGCGAGCGUCGUGCCCCUCCGCCACGACGAGCACCCGCGCUGGAUCGCGGGCGCGUAUCCCUUCUACGCGGGGUGUUUGUCCACGUCCGCCGCGUUCCUCUUCUUCACGGCGUUGUGGAUGCAUCUCGGCGAGAGCGAUGCGGGGAAGGCCAAGGCGGAGUAGGUAGACAUAGACAUGCAGUGAUAGCAGAGUG